AUGAUAAGAUUGACAAUUAUAAAUUCACUUCAAAGCUUGGCAGUAAUUUUGUAACUAGUUUUGAUGUCGUUGGCUACCCCGCCCCGACAAGUUUUGCACUGGCUGAACAAGAAUCUGGUUCUGACAAUGCCGUCAUAAUAAGCUCCAUCUCGCAGAGUUAUCAAAAGAGCAGCAAGUAUAAGUUUGGGUAUACACUAACCAACUUGCCCUAUGGUCGUGUUUACGUUACGAUCAAUAAUGUCAGUGAAUCAGAUUUGAACAGCUACACCUUGUUUGUGGAUAAUGGAUAUGGCGAUGGUCUAAUGUAUAAUUUUUCCAUUGUAAAAGACAACCACAAAAAUGGACCAACAAGUACAGCGGAUAUUGAUCUGCUUCCUGCAAUAAUAAGUGGGGCUUUGGCAGGAUUGGUUAUCGUUGGUCUUGUUAUUCUACUCAUUGUUAAACGUAAAAGUUUGCGUCGCAUGUUCAGUAAAACAAGAUGUUUUGUGUUUUGUAAGAAAAAGAAGGAUUUGUAUGAAGGCUCUACUAACAACGAAGGCAGAGAAAUGUCAAACACGUAUAUGAAUAUAGCAGUGAAUACUGAUACUACCUUGAAGUUUCGCCAAAGACACGAUUAUGACGAAAUUGAUCUUGUUACUCAAGAAAAUAAUAAUUCCAACUAUGAGCAAUUUUCAGUGGCGCCGAAAAGUCACUAUCACAAUGUAACCAUAGGGUCAAGUAUUUAAUUACACAAUCACAAGUUUAAUUAGGGGCAGAAGACUUAUUAUUUAAUUAUUCAUUAUAGUAAUAAGAGUUACUUAGAAUCAAUAUAUUUAUAACUAAUUCUUUUGGGUAAUUUUUGGGAUAAUUACACAAAAUGUUGGUAACUACAUACAUUGCAAUUGAUGUGAUUAACGUGUGAUUUA